CGUGUUUUACUUACACCUUGUGACCUUCAAAACGAUCAACAAGAAGUCGGCAAGAAAGAAGAAGCGCUUUCCAAGAAGACAAGGCUAUCAACCAAGCGCACUGUCCUGUGGAUAUUUCGCGAUACAAUUAUAGGACUUAAUUAGUGAUUGUAUUUGUAUUGUGAAGUAGGUUUUAGCUGCUCACAAAAUGCUCCAGAACCAUGCCAUAGCUGUGGUGUGCUCUUCCAACCAGAACAGAAGCAUGGAGGCACACGGGCUCCUUAGCAAGAAAGGUUACUCGGUGAAGUCCUAUGGGACUGGGUCAGUAGUAAAGCUGCCAGGGAGAGCUGCUCACCAGCCCAAUGUCUACCAGUUCGGGACCACCUACGAAGACAUGUACCAAGACCUCAUGAAGAAAGACCCUCAUUUGUAUACACAAAAUGGCAUCCUAAACAUGCUGGAUCGAAACAGGAGAAUCAAAGCUUGCCCCGAGCAAUUUCAGAAAGCUAAGGAAGAAUUUGACAUCAUUUUCACAGUCGAGGAACGAAUUUAUGAUGCUGUUUUAGAAGAGUUAGAGUCUCGGGGGACUGCCUCCUAUAGGCCAGUGCAGGUCAUCAAUCUGGAGGUGAAGGACAAUCACGAGGAGGCCACUCUCGGAGCAUUCCUACUACUAAAGCUCUGUGAAACGAUGAGCCGGGUGGAAGAUCUCGAGAAUGAAAUUGAGGACAUUAUUCAAGAUUUUGAACUACAUAACGGACGAACACUUCUACACACUGUGGCAUUUUAUUAAUGACUGCAUGCACUGAAAUCUUUAUUAUUGUAUAUACUAUAACACUGAUAGAGUA